AUGAUUGAAAAAUGGCCGGAGAAAAGCUUCACGUCGCCGGAGAAAACUAAAAGUGGUCGGAAUCUAGAUCUGCAAGGAAGGGUUUGGUCGGAACAGGGUGAUGAAAAGGCUGUCCUGAAGAAAAAAGUUGAAAAGUUGCCUGGAUUAGGCUCACGCACCGGCGCAUGUGGGAGUGCUCGCCGGCGCAUGGCGGCGCGUGGGAGAUCUGAUGUCGGAGCUGUUUGCAGGGUUAGGCAAGAAGCUGCUGGAGCGUUAUGGAAUCUAUCAUUUGAUGACAGAAAUCGUGAAGCAAUUGCGGCAGCUGGUGGUGUUGAGGCUUUGGUUGCUCUUGCACAUUCAUGCGCAAAUGCUUCUCCUGGUCUGCAGGAGAGGGCUGCUGGUGCUUUGUGGGGAUUGUCUGUCUCAGAAGCAAACAGUAUUGCCAUUGGACGAGAAGGAGGUGUGGCGCCACUUAUAGCACUUGCACGAUCUGAUGCUGAGGAUGUCCAUGAGACUGCAGCUGGGGCUCUCUGGAAUCUUGCUUUCAACCCUGGUAAUGCUUUCCGUAUAGUGGAGGAAGGAGGGGUUCCUGCCCUCGUUCAUCUCUGUUCGUCAUCUGUCUCAAAAAUGGCACGCUUUAUGGCUGCAUUGGCGUUGUCUUAUAUGUUUGAUGGAAGAAUGGAUGAAGUUGCACUUGUGGGAACUUCUUCAGAUAGCACCUCUAAGAGUGUAAACUUAGAUGGAGCUCGAAGAAUGGCUUUAAAGAACAUUGAAGCUUUCAUCCUUGCAUUUUCUGAUCCACAAGCAUUUUCAGCUGCUGCUGCAUCAUCUGCCCCUGCACCAUUAACUCAAGUUACAGAAUCAGCUCGUAUUCAUGAAGCAGGUCAUCUAAGGUGCAGUGGAGCUGAGAUUGGAAGAUUUGUUACGAUGUUACGAAAUUCUUCUUCUAUUCUCAAAGCAUGUGCUGCAUUUGCCCUUCUUCAGUUCACAAUCCCAGGUGGUCGGCAUGCACAACAUCACGUCCGCUUAUUGCAGAAUACCGGAGCAUCAAGGAUUUUGCGUGCUGCUGCAGCAGCAGCCAGUGCCCCUAUCGAAGCCAAAAUCUUUGCACGGAUUGUACUUCGGAACUUGGAGCACCAUCAUACAGAAUCCUCAAACUAAGGCCUGACGAAGACUACUAUGAUCCUAGGCUUGUGCAUUGCGGCCAUUGCCAUUGGCACUUUACUCAGCAGUAGUGGUAGGUAUACUCCUCUCGGUGCCAUUGGCACUAUGCUUCCAGUUUGUGUUAGCGUUCUGAAACUAAUGGUGCUGGCUUUUGGGAAGAGGCAAAGGCUUCUUAUUUUUCUACCCAAAUGUCUGCCUUCUUGUGAGUUUCUUCUAGUUUUAUUUCUUGGGUAUAUAGGGUGUGAUUUUUUCCCCUUCCUUUUUAUUAGUUAUUUUCGUCAUUAUUUGUGUCUGUUUAAGCUUAGGCUUAAUAGAUCUAUUGGCAGGCGUUAGUUUCGAAGUCCAGUUGAUUUUUCAGUUUUUGUAUUUUAAUUUACCCUGGCAGUUUGUUCAAUACCUGUACAUUAUAGAUUUGCAGAGACAUUAGCAUGCUGACUAUUUCUGUACAAACACUUCAAAGAAUUUCUAUGAUAUAGUAGCUGUGUUUUAAGGUGGUUUGGAUGAAA